AUGGCCCCCACGGACCCCGUCAACCCCGCCGGCGAGCCCGCCCUCUCCCUCCUCGAAGGCCGCCUCUGGGUCGACGGCUGCUUCGACUUCUUCCACCACGGCCACGCCGGCGCCGUCGUGCAAGCCCGACAACUCGGCACCGAGCUCUACGUAGGCGUUCACUCCGACGAAGCCAUCCUCGAAAACAAGGGUCCCACUGUGAUGACGCUGCGCGAGCGCCUGCUCGCCACCGACGCCUGCAGGUGGGUGACCAAGUCUGUCCCUUAUGCGCCCUACGUCACGCAGCUGGACUGGAUCAGCCACUUCGGGUGUAAGUACGUGGUGCACGGGGACGACAUCACGUCCGACUCGUCCGGGGAGGAUUGCUAUCGCUUUGUGAAAGCCGCGAACCGGUUCAAGGUUGUUAAGCGUACGCCGAGUAUCUCUACGACGGAUCUGGUGGGGAGGAUGUUGUUGUGCACUAGGACGCAUUUUAUCAAGGAUUUGGAGAGGGUGUUGGAGGGCCAGGAAGGACAUGGGACGCAGGAGGAGAAGAAGAAGGUAGGCGAGGAGAUGAAGGAGAGGAUUAGACUUUAUGCCACGGACGAGACAGCCAAGAACCCCGGUGCGGACGUGUGGUUUUGGAAGGGCAACGAGAAGAAGGAGGAGGGCAAGGAGGGCAAAGGAGAGGAAAGGGGCGUGUUUAGGGAGUUGUUUAAGGGGAUUGGACCGAAGCCUGGCCAGAGAGUGGUUUAUGUUGAUGGAGGGUUCGAUUUGUUCUCGAGCGGACAUAUUGAGUUCUUGAGGCUGGUUACGCAGAAGGAGGAGGAGCUAGCGCGUGAGGAGGGGUGGUACUCGCAGCAGGCGAUCGAGGAGAGGAAGGGCAAGGGAGCGGAUUACGGCCCAGCGUUUGUGGUUGCUGGUGUUCAUGAUGACGAGGUCAUUAACCGCGAGAAGGGCGUGAAUUAUCCCAUCAUGAACGUCUUUGAGCGUGGUCUCUGCGUUUUGCAGUGCAAGUACAUCAAUGCCGUCGUUUUCGGUGCUCCGUUCAAGCCCACCAAGAGCUACCUCACCUCUCUACCUUGGGGCACUCCUGAUGCGGUCUACCACGGACCGACCUCGUUCAUGCCGCACACCGAGGACGUGUAUGCGGUUCCCAAGGAGAUGGGCAUCUACAAGGAGAUCGGUCCCCACGACUACGAGGAGGUGAAUGCCGGCACCAUCGUCCAGAGAAUCAUGAAGAGCAGAGAUCUCUAUGAGGCACGCCAGAAGGCCAAGGGCAUGAAGGCCGACAUCGAGGCCGCCCACAGGGAGCGCGAGUUGCUGGAGGAGCAGCAGAGGCAGAAGGAGGAGGCCAUCGCCGCGCAAAAGGAGUAG